AACCAGGUACUCGUUUAUUGGUUACUUUUAAUAUACUAUCAGGCAGCCUAAGAAAUGUAUUGAAAAAAUGUAUAACUUCACCAUCUAUGUUGAUUAGAGUAAAGCACACUGUAACCUACGCAGCCGUAAAGUGGCGAUGGCGUUUUGUGUUUUAUAUUCUUUUGUGAAUAAAAUCUGGCGUUUAUGCGCGUUUUGUCGUCCGAUAUCAAUCCGUUGUUAUAAUUUGUAUCUUUUAAGAUAAAGCGAGAUAUAAUUGUUUCUUGUUAUAAUUAUAUCGAAGAAAAAUUAGGCCAGGUAAUACGAGAAUCAAAAAAAUAUUAAAGAAGCCCUCGCAUAGAACAGCCGGCGAACGUGACUCAGUUUGUGCAGCAAAUGCAAUAUUCUGAUGUUAACGACAAUAUAUUGUUGAGAAUAGAAAUCGCCACAACACAUGCGGUAAAUACUACGUAUAUACAAAACAUUCAUAGAAAUGUCAGACGUAGAAAAGAUGGAAGAUUCUACGAUGGAUACGCAAGAUACUUAUUAUGAAAAUCCUAAAGAAAAUACUGUAAAUGAAAGUCAGGAUUUUGAACUUGUUGAUACCGAUGAAAUCAAUUCGUUUACAAAUAACUUAGAAACUCAAUCUGAGAAUGAUAAUUCAAAAAGUAAAGAUGAUUUGAACAAGGAACAAAGUCAGUCGCUAGAUGAAAUAGCUGAAGAUAAAACGAAUAUAUUAGAAAAAAAAAGUGAAGUUGAAUGCAAUGAAAAAGAAAAUGUCGAGGGUGAUGAUUCUAAACUUGACGACCAAAAAGAUGAUACAGAUGACGAAAAUGAUGUUAUUCAUGGUACACCUCCUAUUAUAUAUUCACCAUCUAAAAAAGAAGGUCAUAGUACAUCUGAAAAAGUAGGUCUUAAACGUAAAGCAGAUUCUCUUGAUAAUCCUGUUACUAAGUUGUUAAGAAGUUCAUCCUCAGAAGAUGCUUUAAGUAUAGAAAAAAAUAAAUUUCAUAAUGAUGAUAGUCAUCAUUCAGAUAAAUCAGAUGAGUCUCAGUUAAAUAUUUCAAGAAAUUGUAUAAUACCAGAUAUUGUAAUAGAAGAAACUCAGGAUGUAGAAAGUGAAGAACUUAUUGAAUCCAAUGUGAAAACUUCCGAUGUUGUUUUAAAUGAAACCAAAGAUGAUAAGAACUGUGAAUCAUGCCCUGUACAGAAAUGUUUAGAUAAGAAUGAAAAUAAUGCUAAAAAAUCUUGUGAAAUAAAUCAAAAUGAAACUGUAAACAAUCCUAUUACAUCCAACACAUCUACUAAUAUAACUACUACUACCACAACUACCACUACUACUAGUACUGCUAUUACUACUAGUACAAAUGACGAUAUUGAAAAAGAUAAUACUUUUGAUGUUGAUAUGACUAAGAUUAGCGAUGAAAAAGAAUUAACCGAGAACAAAGAAGUAGAAAAUACAGAAGUAUCAAUAAUUGAUGUAACAGCAAAGAAUGAUUCAAAUCCUGAUCUAUCAAUUGGUUCUUCUAAAGAUAUAAGCGAACAAAAGUCACCAGCUCUUAUAAAUAAGGAGGAUAAUAAAAGUUCAACAUCCAAGCACAGUGAUGAUGUUAACUUGCAGAACAAAAGCAGUACCAGUGAAGAGAUAGUAAUAGAUAAAAUAACAAUAAGUAAACAGCAACCUGUUGCAUCUACUUACACAAACAAACCACGUAUGAGUAUAGAAGUUGUUUUUGAUAAAUCAACGAUGUCUCAAGAAAAGAAGAUGAAACUACCAGAAUUAGUUGAAAUUGAUGAAGAUGGUGAGAAAAUUAUCUUGGAUUCAUCGCAAGAGAAUUCAAUAGGAAAGCUUGGAGAAAAAGAAGUUUUUGAUACUACAAAUACUGAAAAUAUUUAUAAAAGUUGUUACGAAAAUAAAAAUAGUAAUGAUUUCAAUUAUAAAUCUUUAAUUAACACCAAAGAAUCGUCAGUAGAUUCAAAAUCUGAUAAACAUCAUUUUAAUGGAAAUAGCGAUUGUAAAAAAUGCGAUACAGAUGGUACAGCUAGUGUAGAAUCAGAUAUAUUUAGUAAUGAGCUGCAUUCUACUAUUUUAAAAGGCGAUAAUGUUUUACGGUCUAUGAAUAAAGAAACAAAAAUAUCUGCUUCGGUAUCUAAAGAGAGUGACAAUGCAGAUUUAAUAAGUGUAAGUGACAAUGAACACGAUGUUUCACUUAUAGAUGAUAAUAUUAAAAAUAAAUCUGAAUUAAGUAAUGCAAAUUUACUUGCAAAAGCUUUACAAGUAGAAAAAGAAGUUGGUGUGUAUGUAAGACUUAAAUGUUUAUUACAUAUUGAUGAGAGUACAAAAGAAUUCCUUAACAAAGAAUUAAUGAGUGUUCAGUGUGAACCAAUAGUAGAACUUUCAUCCGCACGCCACAAAACAGAAGACACUUCUGCUUCAUUAGCUGAUAUUUCUGGAAAUGAUAAUAAGGAUGCUUCUCCAGGAUCAGUUAAUAGCAAUCCGCAAUUAUUUCAUUUAAAUCCAUCUAGACUUUCUUUUCUUUCAACAAUUAGUUCUACAAGCUCAGCAUCUAGUGCUGCUUCUUUAGUAGCUAAACUUGCAGCUAAAGAUACACAUUUUUCACUACCUCGAGGUCCAGCUAAACACGCAAAGAAGUCAGCAUAUGAAAUACCAUCAGCACCACAGAAACAAAAUAUAGAUGAAUCGCAUGAAAGAUUAACCAAGGAGUGGAAAAAUAAUCGUUUAUUAGUAACAACUAUUUUGAGUUAUUUAAAUACAGAGGUUAAUACAAUUGAUACAUAUAACAUAAGUAACGAAAGAUUAGAUGAUGUUUUACAAAAAAUUAGGUGUUCUACGCCAGAAGAAGAAGGAGAAAUAGCAAUGCAAACAGCAACGCCAAAAAGUUCCAGAAAAAAUCGAGCACCAAAAAGACCACGAAGUAAAAAUACCAGAGCAGGUGUACAAACAAAUGGAAUGUGCAAAAUUUCACCAAAAGAAUUAAUUUCUGUCCAAGGAAAUAACAGUACUCCUAGCAGUAGAAAGAAAACUAAAACUGAUAAAAUUGAUAGCGAUGCACCAUCCAAUAACACUGUUUCAUUCGUAAAAGAUAUAUCACAAAUUAAUAUAAAUGAUGAAUUGGUUGGUAAAGAAGUAUUUGCCAAGUGGUCUGACAAUAAUUACUAUCCAGGUACAGUCACGGAAAAAGUUAAGUUAAAAUAUAAAGUAAAUUUUUAUGAUGGGAAAAAUAAAUUACUUAUAGAAGAAUUUAUUAUACCAAUACCAAAGACCCUAAAAGAAGGUUUAUCAGUAUAUGCGACUACGGCAGAAGAUGAUUAUGGUUCCUGUGGCUUAAUAGUUGAAGUCCAAAAUACUAAUAAUGGUACAUACUAUUCAGUAGAAACAGACGAAGGAGAGAAAUUACAAGUCCAGGUAAAAGAUAUCUUUUUAUCAUCAGAUCAAGCGCAAGUAUUGAAGGAAGAAAUAUUUGUGAAAAUAAACAAUCUUCCGUCUACACCUAAGCUUUCGGGCCAAAUAACUUUAGAUAACAUGGUAGAUGGGAAACGGCGUUCUAAACGAAUCGCUACUCCAACAUUUUCAACUCCAAAAUCUAAGAUAUUGGCUAGUAGUUCAAUUGAUAAAAAUAUUAGUAUAUCAGAACCUUCUGUUUCUGGUAUAGCUUCUAAAACUAAAAAAAGAGAUUCUUCUGAAAAUGAGAGUAAGUCUAGUGAUUCAAAUUUGUCUCUAAAAGAUGAAAUUAUACUAAGUGGUGUACAACCAGAAAUUAUUGGGACACCAAAUGAGCAGAUUGUAAAAGGACCUCAACAUAGAAUAAAAGGAAAACCACGAAGUAAGAAAAAAGCUGAGAAUGAAGAAACUAUAGCAACCUUGGGUCCUAUUCCAAGCAACAAUUCUAACAUAUUCAAAGGCAUGUCGUUUAUUCUUACCUGUGCGUCAUUGGAAGUACUUGAUAGGUUUCAAGCAGAUGCUAAAGAUUCUGGUUCUGAAACUGGAACAGAAAAUGAAGAAGAAUGGGUCCGUAGACCAUUUGUAAGGGAUAGGUUGAAAACCCAAAUAGAAGCUGGAAAAGGUAAAAUUUAUGACGAGUUUGAUUUAAUACCAAAGGAAGAAUAUAAAAACACUAAACUGAUUACAAAUGUGCCAAAUGUUACUGCAAAAAAUUUAUUGUGUCUUUCGGUCGGAAUUCCUGCAUAUAAUCAUAAUUGGAUUAUACAAUGUUGUCAAGAGGACAAAUUAGUAAAUCCAGCAGGAUGGAGCUUACCUGCCGGAUGGAGUUUGGAUAAACAAUCUUAUAUUGAAGUUUUUCAAAGGCCUAGUAAUAAACCAUUAACUCAAGUGAUAGUAAUAAUUCCUAUUAUAGAAUCAGAUAAAAAGUUUACAUCAUUUUGGCGCCAAAUAUGUGAAAAUGCAGGUGCUGUAGUUUUGCUGGUGGAUGGUUCAGAAAGUAUGGAAGGAUUUGCAGAAGGUACAGUAGUGGUUACUAAUCGCAGAUGUCCUUCAUGGGCAAUUACAAAAGCUGGAGAGUGGCAAUUACCAUUGCUUUCCACAACGUGGGUUGUUCAAUGUUUAAUUGAAGGCAAAAUCUGUCCAUAUGACUCACAACUACGUUACAAAUACAAUUAUAUACAAAAUUAAAAUCCUUCCUCUCCAGCAAGGUGUUAUUGGCCAUAUCUGUAAGUACAACAAAUAUAGUUAUGAAUGGAAAAGAAAAAAACAAAUUUCGUUCUUAAAUUUCAAAUGUUUUGAAAUGUUCUAUUCUUAUAUAUUUCUUUAUGUUUAUGAUUCCUUUGAAUUGUAUAUAUAUAUAAAUAUAUACAUAUAUUAAAGUAUACGUUUAAAUAUAUAUAUAUGUAUCAUGUAUAUAUAUUUAAACCGUAUUUUCUAAUAAUAAUAAUUAACAGACCACUUGUGAAAUAAUGUCUUUUAUCAAUCUAUGCUAAUCAUAUAUGAUAAUUCGCAACAUAUCUUUGGUAAACAAUUUAAUUUAUCAAUAAAAUUAAAGAAAUUUGAAAAAAUGUUAUUAUUCAAUGAUCAUCUUGUUGAUGAAAAUAUUUGCUUUGCAUUAAUUUUUUAUUACUGGAACUUAUGUCACUUUCUAAUAUAAAAAGUAAGUUUUUGAUAAAAUUAAAUUCUAAUUUCCUUCACAUUUCUUCAAGAAAGUACAGAAUUGGGAAGUUAGAAAUUUAAUGGACCUGUUUUUUCUUAACAGAAUCUUUUAUUACUUUUCUGUUCAUUUCCUACUUACAAAGAUAAUAUAUUAUAUAGAAAAUAUAUCAUAUAGUUAAAUAUUCUCAUGAACUUAUAUAUUUGCUUUAUGCUUAAUAAUGAAUAUUAAAAAGCUAAAGAAUUUUCUCUUUUAUUUUUCCGAAUAUUUUCCUUUAUUUCGCUGAAUCUUCUCUUUUUCAUAAAAUAAAUAAUAAUUCAUAAAUUCAUAAAUUAUCUUCAAUUUGUACUAUUCAUUAUUUACUUUCUAAUUUGAAAACUUUUUAAAAUCAAAAAAUCAGGAAUUUGAUAAAUAUUCCUCUGUAUUUAUAGUACUUACAGUGUUGGUAUUGUUUCUCACAAAGCUGUAAUAUUAGAGUUUUGUAACAUUUUGUAUAAAAUAAAAUAUAAAUAUAUAUCAAUUUUAUAUGGUGAACGAGUUUAUUAUAAGGAAUGUUUAUAAUGUCUUGAUUGCAAAUUGUGUGAUAUUGAAAUGCAACAGUAAAUCAUGGAAAUGAAUGAAACAUUUAUAAAUAAUUUUCAUAUAAAUAUACACAUAUAUAUAAUUUUACAAUGUUUUGUCUAUCUAUCAAUGUUCUUCAUGGUGCUUAAUACCAAUAUGGUAUUCUAUCAAAACAGGAAGUCUUAUAAAAGUGUCUUGCAGAUAUCUGUGACAUAAAUAACACUCGUAUUAGUCCUGUUAAUAUAAAAUAAUAUGUACAACAUGAUUAGUUGAUUUAAUUUUACAACAAAUCACAGAUGAGAUAAGUGUAAAUGUUGUAAUAACUGUAAUAUCCAAUUAAUGUGAUAUUAUAUUAAAUAACAUUUGUUAGUUACAAAUAACGAAAUGGUAUAAUCAUUUUUGCAAUACACGUUAUAAAAAAAAAAAAUGGAAAAAUAUAAUCAGAUUUAUUAAAAUAAAUUAUUUAUACAAUUCAUAUUAUCUCACUUAUCUCAUUGUGAUUUAUAUAUUAUAAAUUAAAAUAUACGAUUUAUUGUAAUCUGACAAAUAAUGUAUAAUAUCAAAUUAAAAUAUUUGUUAUUUUUUUAAUUAAUGAUUAUAUAGCAGUGUAUUUUUUAAAUAUAUAAUACACAAAAGAUAAUACUUAUGCAUUUAUUGUAUAAGGUAUCAUUAAAACGUAAUUUUAUUUGAUAUAUUAUUAUAUUUACGUAGAUAUUAAUGAAACUUACAGAAUAAAUUGAGUAUUGAUGCUUCCUGUUAAAAUGAUGAAAAAGAUAUGUGCGAAACAGAUAUAAACAGACUAUUGUAAGAUCUUAUGUUCUCCAAUACUCGAAACUUCAAAUUUUUAUUGUGUUAAAUCCAUGCUGCAUUUCAAAAUUAAUUGGUACAUCGAGAAUAGGUGCACAUGUACGAGUGUGUAUAUAUAAGUAAAUAUACGAAUAUUUACAAUUUCUAUUAUAUAAGUUGUAGCCAUUAUGUACAAUGUCUUUGGGAUAAAAUACAAUGACCUAUUUUGUCAAAAAAAUUUUAUUAUUC